CUACGAGAAGAUGUCAUUGGAAGUUGAAUCAGGAAAAAUAGUUGAAGACAGUAUUUUCCGCAAAGAUAGAACGUGCACAGACGGAAUUUUUCUUUUGAUCAAAUCCGUAUAUGUUAUAGGUUUGUUGAUUCUAGUCUGCUUUUGUUUACCGCAAUCGGACGUAUUUCGUGUGAUAAACGGAUACGAUGACUGUGGGAACGUGUGUGGCCGUAAUAAUACACGGAACGUCGAUCUUCCUUGCUCCGGUGAAAGUAUGAUCAAUAGGAAAUAUUUAUUGCUAACAGUAACGUUGUCGUCAUCUGAAGCUUCGAAAAACUGUGUAGCAAAAUGUCCUGAAGGCGAUGGAUUGAUACUGUUCUUCAAUCGGUGUGUUCGAAUCCGUCUGUUCCGCAUGGACGCAGACCACAUACCGCAAAGCUUUCUCGAAGAAAUUUGGCAGGAUUUAAACAUGUGCUAUUUGGAACUAUUUUGGAUUUUUCUGCUAACGUUUUUCAGCUCACAGUUGAUGCUGAUGCUUUUAUGGUGUAUCCCCAGACUGAUUGUCUGGGUAACUAUGCUGAUGAUUGUACCGACUUGCUCAAUCGGAACGUGCUGGCUCUGGUUCCGUUGGAUUUCAAGUUGGAGAUCGGAUUACAAUGCAGAAAACUAUUUGCUCUAUCCGAUUGGUGCCAGUGUAGCAAGUACUGUGAUUUUUAUUUGGAUUUACUGUAUGUGGGGGAAUUUACACUUGAUUCUUGAGAUACUUUACGAGGCCAGCCGAGCAAUCAGGAAAGGGCUGUUUCUUCUAUUCAUCCCUUUGCUGACAAUCGUCACGUUAAUGAUUACAUUCACUGUAGCAGUGUGUUUUAUUCUGAUUAUCGAAGGUGCCGGGGAACCAAUGUUAGCAGCGAAACGUGUUCUGUACGUGAAAUCUCCUCUGGUAUUGGUUACACGAUGGUAUAAUUUGUUGGCAUUCCUUUGGUUCUGUCAAUUCCUUAUCGAUUGUCAGCACAUGGUCACCGCAGGAUCAAUUACGGCCUGGUACUUCACCGUAGAUAAAUCCAAACUUAAUAGUGUCAUGAAAAGGAGCUUCGCUCUACUACUGUGGUAUCAUCUAGGAACCGUGGUACUAGGUUCUUUGUUGAUUGCAAUCACCAACCUGUUUCGUUUGAUUCUAAGAUGCGUUCGGUGCAAGAAGUGGUGCGGUAGUGGUAAAACAGGAUGCUGCGCAGGUUGCUGUCUGUUAUGUCUAGACUGUUGCUUUUCAUGCUUGGAUCUGAUUCAUAGGAACGCCUACGUCAUAACAUCCAUGCAAGGCCAACCGUUCUGUAGAGCAGGGAAACGAGCGACUAACCUACUGUCCAUGAAUGCUACUAAAUUUCUUUCCGUGAACUUCGUCAGUGGCACUGCUCUCCUCAUGGCAAAAUCAUUCAUUCUAGUGAUGGUGGGAUUUGUUGGUGUUGAACUGAUCCAACAAAAACGUGAAUUGUACCAUCCGCAUGCCAUACUGAUUUUGAUGGGUGCCGUCGUGUACCUGAUCGCACAUUGUUUCAUGGCUGUGUAUGAGAUGACGAUUGACACAAUUUUCCUUUGCUUUUGUAAAGACAUUCUGUUGAACAAUGGCUUCGACAGACCGUACUACAUGUCACGAAAUCUCAGUAAGUUUAUCGACCAUGAUGCAGUUUUAGAAGACCACGCUAGUGCCUCACAAAAAGCAUAGCGAACGCGGUAAGUGAGCAUGUUAGGAAAGUAUGACAUUAAUUGUUAUUGAAAAUUAUGUGACUGACCAUAGAAGUCGAAUAGAACUGCUAAACGAAAUCCCUGACAGCAAACUGUGUUAUUUAUUCAGAAUAAUUUAUUUUGAGCGAAUAGCUUCAAUUAGCCUCAAACUGUUUGUGAGAAUAAAUUCAUGAUACGGAGCUAUCGAGUCUGCUAGAUAAACUGAUGUAGGCUAGUCCUUUGGAGGUUUGGUACCUCAUGGGUAGCCAGUUUAUGCGAAGUGCACAUAACUUUUUUUACGUUUCGUCUUCGACUUAUCAGUGCAGUAGCAGUUUAUGUUGAAACAAUGCUAAUGCUGCCUAACAUCGGUUGACGGCAAGAUGUUUCGAUCUUUCAACACGUCAGAAAAGACACUGCACCUUGAUGCAAAUAUUUUGUAAAUAGCAAGAACUUUACGCCUGCUUAGCGGUUAAUGUUGAACCGCAAGGUAGAUAUGCAGUGUUUAACAUUAGCAUUAGUAUUAGAGACCGCCCGUGUUGCAAAAUGUUGUUCUGAAACAACUUGCUUGGGAAUAUCACGUAGUUUUACAUUGUGUAGUAUAUUUUCGAAUAAUAUUAUCAUGUGUUUAUUGCUCUGGGUAGCCGGCUACCGAGAAUAAUUUUAUAGUGUUUUGUAUUAAUAAGCACUUCUACUAAAAUACGAAAUCUCUUCUCAAAUUCGUAAAACUCCGGACAACGCGGCUGUUCGCUAUCAAUUCAUAUAUUUAAUUGAUUGCAUUCUGUUUUUUUAAUAGACAGCUGUAAUACGGCUUCGAUAUCACUCCGUCACCAUCAAUCGAACAACAACGCGCCCGACUUAAAUCUAGCGUUUAACCUGAAGAAAAAUACAUCAAUUGAUCAAACAUUCCUCGAAUAACCGAUGGAGUUUAGUCUAGCCCGAUUAUUAGUAAGGGGGGGAACGAUCUCACCACUCUCCUAUUCGCAUUGCUGUAAACAAAACAUGGUGGCCUCGAGAUGAUACACCGCUAUUGAAAAAACGUGCUCAAUCCACCAAGCAGUAGUUCGCGUGAAUAUUCGUUUUGAGCUCAACUUUGAAGAUUUUUUGGUAUCGUCAUCUUCGAUGGCGGUUCGAAUUUUAAAAACUCAUCACCCUGUAAUUUCUAAAUUGGAAGUCGGAAUCGGAUAAAAUUCACCUAUGUUGUAUGGGACCAUAAGUUUAUUUCAAUUUGAACUGUUGUUUAUUAACUUCGUUUUGGCCUUCUUUUAGCUUCUCUUUUCCCGAUACUUUUAAAAACGGAAUUCGGAAAUCGAUGUAGCCGAAGUCAGUUAAAUUCUCCCAAUAGAUUGUUCACCAUUUCAUAAGAUUCCAAAUUUUUGAAAAUCAGUGUAGCCAUCUUAGAAAAAUCACAGUGCGUUUCACUGAAAAUUUUUGGGUACCUCCUGAGGUCGAAAAGCGAAAACAGGUAGAGUUUAUCGGGUCUCCGACUCUCAAAAUCUGCGAACCCGAUCAACCCGAUAAAUUUCAUUGCCGUUUCAACCUUCCGAGUGAACGGACGUGCUUUGUGUUUACUGCGAAAGCGUUGAAAACCAGUGCCGUGUGUGAUAAAGUGACCGGACGAUCAAAACUAGAUCGCUAUUGUGUAAUAGACAAUAGUGCUUUUUCCUGUGAAAGGUUUUAUGCACAUUAUAUACUGAAGCAGUGUAUUGUUGUGAGCGGACGAUCGAAACAGUACCGUUAGCCGGUGAUUGUUCGAUCGAUCAAAACAGGCCCAGCGGUGUAAGUGAUAUCACUGUGCGGAUUAAAAAAGAGUGUACUUUUUCCUCUCGGAGGUUUUUUGCACACCAUCGCAGCGGCGAUACGCCGAUCGACGAGGGCUAGGCCUUGGUGGCCCCCGUUGGAUUUAAGUUAAGUAUCAUUAUUUAGUUUUUUUUUCCUUCCUGCAUUCGACUGUUCUAUUUCUCCCCGAUUCACUUAUUUCUGUGCGGAGGUAGCUCCGCAACAUGUCUAGUCUAAAUUCUGACCCCCCCGUUCCCGAUGAUCAAAUGGAGACUUCCCUUGACUAUAAAAAGUCUCGCAUAAAGAGCUAUCCGGAUGGGCUCGCACUACCGGCCGGUCCUUAUGCGGUCUAUUUCCGGACCAAAUCGAAAGAAAAAAAAUUAAAUAUUUUAAAAAUAUC